ACAUAGAAAUUCUACAACGCGAAUUCUUGAUACAGAUAAGCAAAUUCGCAUAUUGUGCUCUCGAUAACAAAAUUAAUUAUCUGAAGUGGAAAAAUGCAGGCAAGUGCAGAUGUUAAUCGACGGAUUGCCAGAAUAACAGCUCAUCUUAAUCCGCGCACUAAUAAUCUUAAGAUGGAAGGGAGUUCGAAUUUGAGACUGGAGAACUGUAGGGCAAAAGGAGGAUCACCUGGAUUCAAGGUGGCAAUAUUGGGUGCAGCAGGUGGCAUAGGCCAGCCAUUAGCAAUGCUUAUGAAGAUGAAUCCAUUGGUAUCGGUGCUUCAUCUUUAUGAUGUAGUAAACACUCCAGGAGUAACAGCAGAUAUCAGCCACAUGGACACUGGUGCUGUGGUAAUUCAUUUUUUAUCAUUUUUAAUUUCCAUUAGUUAACUGAUAUUCUA